UAUGCUGUGAACAACAACAACAACAAUUUAUUAUUUAUACCCCGCCUAUCUGGCUGGGCUUCCCCAGCCACUCUGGGCGGCUUCCAACACCAGAGCCUGCAAUAAACCCAGAUGCCAACUUUGCUGCCACAUGCACUCGGACAACACCAUUACUGGCCCCAACAACAUCAAACAUACCAUCUCAGGACUAUCUAAUUGCUCGUCUUCUAACAUUGUGUAUGCCAUCAAAUGCCAACAGUGCCCUUCAGCUCUCUAUAUUGGACAAACAGGCCAAACCCUACGCCAAAGGAUAAAUGGACAUAAAUCUGACAUCAGGAAUCACAAGACAGAGAAACCAGUAGGAGAACACUUCAAUCUCCCAGGACAUUAUAUAAUAAUUAUUAUUAUUAUUAUUAUUAUUAUUAUUAUUAUUAAUACCCCGCUCAUCUCUAUACAAGAUCUCAAAGUAGCUGUCUUAUUACAAAAGAAUUUCAGAAAUAGACUGGAAAGAGAAGUUGCUGAACUGCAACUCAUUACCAAACUUGGAACCAUGGAGAGACCUGGCCUGAACAAAGACAUUGGAUUCCUAUCUCAUUAUACAGUACAGUACAUGAUAAAGCUAUCUUUAGCCAUCUCACCCCUUGCUUUUUCCUGUAAGACAAAUUGCAGCCGUUAACAGUCAUCAACGAGUUUCCACACCUAUCAGAAAAAACACCCAUUCCCACCACCCUCCUGAGAAUAAUCCCACCCCACCCUCCCACUAUAUAUAAGGGUCUGGUGACUUCUGUUUCAGUGUAUCUGAAGAAGUGUGCAUGCACACAAAAUCUCAUACCAAUGACAAACAUAGUUGGUCUCUAAGGUGCUAUUGGAAGGAUUUUUUAAAUUUUGUUUCGACUAUGUCAGACCAACACGGCUACCUACCUGUAAAUGGUUUGCCAACUUCCACCCCUGCCUCUGCUCCUGUGCUCUUUGCAGCAGACUGACACAAAUAAAUGAAGCCGGGGGAUGGGGAGGAGGAUAUUUCCCAUAGCUGUCAAGUUCUCCCUUUUCUCGCGAGGAAGCCUAUUCAGCAUAAGGGAAUUUCCCUUAAAAAAAGGGGAGAACUUGACAGCUAUGCCUCCAUCCUUUUUUUUUCUCUUCGUGUCCGGAAAAAUUGUGGGAAGUGAGUGGCAGAGUAGAGGGAGAAAUGCAGGGUCUGAUAGGACCUUUCGUUGCUCCCCUCGCGCGGCCGCUGUUUCCGGGGGGUUUGUUUUUCCUGAAACACUCGAAAGGGUUAAACUCGGGAUCUUCCAGGGAGCAAUGCAGAAACGUGAAAAGCGGGUGGGGGUGUCAGUGGGGACCCCCGUCCCCUCCCAAAAGAAACCCCACUUCCUCUUCUUCCCUUGCAGGGAUUUUUGCUUUUGAAUGGCUGCGGGAGAGGAAGAGUUUCCCUAUCGUGCAAACCAGGGCACCACCCAGGGCUGUGAUCAGGACACAGCUGCCUGUGAUCCCCAAGCCCGGCCCAUCCUGUCUACAAAACCAGAGGGUCAAGUCAAUCGGCUUAGACCAGGGAUCACCCCCACUUGGGUGGUCACCUCUGCUUGGUCUGGAGCAGAAAAUGGAGCAACCAAACUCUGCAAGUCCAGAACUAGAAGGGAGACCGGAAGCAGGAGGGGACCCACCCGAAGGCAUGAAGGGGAAUCCGGAGUGGUCAGGAGAAGAAGCGUGGAAGGGGUUGCACCGUCCUGAGGAGUUCUUGAGGGCGUGGGGGAACCCAGUUCCUCUGGAAGACACACAACGGGACAACGUCCGAGCUUUCCUCUCCUCUUUUGAGCAAAUCGCCGAAGCCUGCCAAUGGCCCAGAGGAGAAUGGGUGGGCCGGCUCCGGCCUGCGCUGAGCAGCUCUGCUGAACAGGCUUUGGGUAGACUGGAAGCCGCUGACAGGGAGGAUUAUGGGAAAGUGAAGGCCGCUGUCUUGCGGGAGGAUGCUGUGAGGAUGGAGGCGCAGCGCCGGGACUUCAGGCAGUUCUGCUACCAGAAGGCCGGAGACCCGCAGAGGGUUUAUAGGCAGCUGCGGGAGCUGUGCCACCGGUGGCUGAAGCCGAAGAGACGCACCAAGGAGCAGAUCGUGGACCUGCUGAUCCUGGAGCAGUACCUGGCCAUCCUUCCUCCUGAGCUGCAAAGCUGGGUCAGGGAAGAGGGGCCAGAGAGCUGCGCCCAAGCCGUGGCCCUGGCAGAGGAUUUCCUGACCAGCCGUCGGAAAGCUGAGACGUGGAAGUGGCAGGUGCCAUCGCAGGGGACAGCCACCAGGCCCCUUGAGACAGAUGAGGCUUCGCCAGCCAACUCCCAGAGACAAAGUUACAUGGACACCACAGCACUGAAAUGCGACGGGGACAUGGUUUUUCUGGCCAAUGGAACGAUGCCCCCAAUUCACCCCUGUUCCUUGCUUCCUCCUGAGGGACUGGAAAUGGCCGAAGCUGGGCUGACUGAGGGCCCAGCGAGCACCAAGGAGAAGGAGGAGGCAUUCCUGACACAGCCAGGCCAGAGGACGAUGUUCUGGCAAGUCAAAGAGGAGAAUUGCGGCAUUGUGGGCUCUCUGGAGGGGCUUCUGAUUCCCAAACUGGAUCUUUCCUUCCAGUCAGAAAAAGGGGAAAAUAUGUUCUCGCAGGAACCAGAACCAGAACCAGGUAAAAGGAGAGAGAUCAAGAUGGAGAAUUCCCACCAAGGGGAAGCUGUGCCAGAGGGAAUGUCCCAGGGGAACGUUCCUUUUUUAGCUGAGAUUGCAGAGCAAAAGGGUGAGUCCAAAGGAGACCAUGAAACAAAUGAAUUCAGCAAUCUCCCAGAAGUUCCCUUUAGUGAAAACACAACACAGUUUGGAGUGGAAAAGCCCUUCUCCAAUCAUGGGAGGAACAACCAGGACAGUUUGGGUCUCGGUACGCUAAAUGCAGAAGAAGGUCCUUAUGAAUGCCCCGUGCGUGGGGAGAGCUUCCAGCGAGGAUCUGCCCUGGCUGAACACCAGAGGAGGCACUUGCAAGAGGAAGCAUAUGAAUGGUCUGAGGGCGAGAAGCCCUUUCCCCAGCGAGAGAUCUGGGUGAGCCAUCAGAGCGGCCUCAUGGAAGAGAAACCAUACGAGUGUCCCGAGUGCGGGAAGAGGUUCAGUUACAGAGCAACGCUGAUGCGGCAUCGAAGGAUCCACACCGAAGAGAAACCGCACAAGUGCUCCCACUGUGGGAAAAGCUUCAGCCAGAGGACCAACUUGGUGAGUCACCUGCGAAUCCACACCGGAGAGAGGCCAUAUCAAUGCUCCCAGUGCGGGAAAGGCUUCCGGUGGCAACUCCAUUUGAAGAGGCACCAGAAGAUCCACACGGGAGAGAAGCCUCACGAAUGCCCGGACUGCGGGAAAAGCUUUUCCCGGAGAGAUACGUUACUCAAUCACCGGAGGACCCACACAGGGGAGAAGCCGUACGAGUGCCCAGAUUGUGGGAGAAACUUCAACCACCCAUGCAACUUAAUUGAACAUCAGAAGAUGCACACAGGGGAGAAACCGCACGAAUGUCCCGAGUGUGGAAAAAACUUCUCCCGGCGGGAUACACUGAUCAAGCAUCAGAGAACUGACACGGGAGAGAAGCCUUAUGAAUGCCCCGAGUGUGGGAAAAGUUUCCAUCAUCCUUGUCGGUUGACGGACCAUCAGAAGAUCCACACAGGAGAGAAGCCUCACAAAUGCCCUGAGUGCGGGAAGAACUUUUCUCGGCGAGAUACGCUGAUCAAACACCAAAGGACCCACGUGGAGGAGAAGCCUUAUGAAUGCCCCGAGUGUGGGAAAAGCUUCAUUCAGAAGAAGGCAUUCAUCAGACAUCAGAUAAUUCAUUUAGGGAAUACGUCCAGCUAAUAUUUUUGAAAAGUGCCACAUUUAAAAUAAGAAGAUACCAUUUUCUGUUCAACUCUUAUGAUGCCAUCUUGGUUUUGUGGUUGUAACAUUGUCUGUAUCAUUCAGCUGCAUGUUCCUCUCUGGGGCUCUAAAUGAGGUCUUGUUCUGAGUGUGACUGUGAAUAUAUAAACUUGUUGGACUCCUUAUUAAUUGCUUUUGACCUAACAUAGGAAUUAGCAUUAUCCAGAGGACACCCCAUUUGAUGCCCCCGAUAGACAGAAUCCAGCCUGUAAAUAAGGAACAUUAAUGCAUCCACUUGAAACACAUUGAACUGGGCAGAAGCUCCACACAAUGCAAUAAGAUUUAUUUCUGACAACGUGUGGAGAUGGCGAGGCUGUAUUUGCAGAGGGCAUUUGAAGCUGACGCCCUGUUCAGAUUCUUUUUCAUUUUCUUCCCAUCUAAGGUCUCCAGAGCAAGGAGCUAUUCUGACUGAUGUGGGUGGAGGGAGUUCAUUUUCUAGUCCUCUAUUAAUCCAAUGAUGCAUGCAUUUUAAAAGCUGCAUGAGGUAUUGUGGGGAGAGAAAGGUUUUGUGGAAUUGCAGAGUAGUGAGGGAUCCCGAGGGUCUUCUAGUCCGAUCCCCUGCAGUACAAAAAACCUUUGCCGCACGUGGGGCUCAAACCCACAACCCUGGGAUUAAGAGUCUCGUGCUCUGCCAAAUCAGACAUCUCAAAAGGAAAACAAGAUUGAAGGUGAGGAAAAGAUUAUUUAUUGCAACUGUUAAAAGUGUGUCUCUUUAAUAAGAAGUAAGCUGCAGAGGGAAUUCUGGGGAAAGAAAGAAAAAUACAGUACAAAGCAACAGCGACCCAUUUUUGUUUUGUUGUUUCUGCUGAUUUUGACUGGAAUGAAUCCUCUCAAAGGUCCCCUUGAAAAACUGCCCAAUGUGCUCUUGGCGGGUAAAUGUUUUUUAUAUCAGUCACUCUGGUCUGGAGAGAAACUCCUGCUGGGCCUGAGAGGCAGAUUUAGUCUCCUCAUGAGAUGCUGGGGUGGGUUUUAAUAUCAUUCAGAUCAAAGUAAGGGAGGAGGGUCUCUCCAGAGAACGAGGCUCCUGAGAACGUGUAGAGUUCAGCUCCUGAGUCAGCAUCAGAAAAAGACACACGUCCCUCUUCAUAGUCCAGAGUCACCCGGAUCCUCCUAGGAGCCUCAUUCAGGGACAGAUCAGAGUCAGGGAAGGUCAAGGCCCAGUACUUGCCUGCAGACUUCUCCACAGCCCAGAUCCCCUCCUCUGGCCUUAUGCAGAAGCGGCCCUUUCUCCUCACCUCACAGACUUCCUGGCAACCCCCACAUCCCAGCAUUCCCCACUUCCCACAUUGACUUCCCAUAAAUGUCUUCCUGCUGUGAAUCCCUCACGUCCCAACACACAAGGCCAGUACCGGUAGUGGAAUCUCUCAGGAUUGUUGGGCAGGACUUGCUUUUUGUCUCCCUUUCUCACGCUUCUCCGAUCCUUGGACAGGAUGAGCCAGGGAUAGGCUGUGUCUGGAUCCAGAGUGACAUCAAUAGGAGUAUAGCACUUAGAUCUAGGGAAGUAAUAGUACCACUGUAUUCUGCUCUGGUCAGACCUCACCUGGAGUACUGUGUCCAGUUCUGGGCACCACAGUUCAAGAAGGAUACUGACAAGCUGGAACGUGUCCAGAGGAGGGCAACCAAAAUGGUCAAAGGUCUGGAAACGAUGCCUUAUGAGGAACGGCUUAGGGAGCUGGGUAUGUUUAGCCUGGAGAAGAGAAGGUUAAGGGGUGAUAUGAUAGCCAUGUUCAAAUAUAUAAAAGGAUGUCAUAUAGAGGAGUGAAAGGUUGUUUUCUGCUGCUCCAGAGAAGCGGAC